CAAAAAAUUUCGAAAAAUUUAUAAUAUACGUUCCUACUCUUUUUAAAUAUUCUAUUCUAUAUUAAUCGACGUGUUUUCGAGAUUUCUUUCCUCCUAAUUACCAUUGAACAAUCGUUGAUUAAACGUAUGCAAAGUAAUCGUUUAAAAAUAAUAAAAUCGGUGACGUAUCGAAAAUGGAUAUUCGGCGAUGAUUUUGUGACGAGUACCACGAAAGAAAGGUUGUUCUCUGUAUCGAUGGUGUCUGAAAGCUGAUUUUGUAUCGUAUUUUCGAGGACAGAAGGGAUGGACGAAAGGUUCUACGAGCGGAAGAGAGAGACGGGGAUUUGGAGGGAAAAUAGGUGGCAACGGAGGCCGAUGGCUCGUUCUCGCGAAGGGUAGCUCAACCUCGAGUGUUACAAUAAAUCAACGAAACGCUUUUGCAGAGCUCCACCCUCGUAACUUCUGCAGAAUACAUCCCAUAGAGAUCACGACGUUACCAGACUGUCCCAUUUUCAUUGUGUUUAAAGUGCCUACCUCGCCGCUUCGAUCGGAUCGGCCAUCGUAUAAAUUAUUUAUCCUUGCUUCCUGUCACGCGACGAUAUCGAAAAGCUCGAUUGCACGUCCAGAGGAAUGAAUUUCGAAUUUGAAGAACAAGAAUCUUUUUGAUUGACAAAUAAUUUGAGAAAAAAUUUUGUUUGGAAUUAUGAUAAAACAUAAAAGUAUCAAAUAUAUUUUUUAACAAAUAUUCUAUGACAUUUCUCUUUGAAUAAUUUUAUUAAUUGGGGAGCAGAGAAAAUCUUUUAGAGGCAUUCGGUUUUAUAUCUCUACCGAUAAAAAAAAAACAAAUUUUUUUAACUUAUCUUGAUCACUCAUUUCUACAUUGGAAUCGAUUAUCAAAUUCGAAUUAUUCUCGAUGAGUAUCGUUUGAUUAAAAUUUACAACAAAAUUUCGUCAUAUGUUGGAUUAUUCAAUUUCAUUUCUGUUCCAUAUAUUUUUUACAUAAAUUUUCGAUCCUUGUUUAAUAUACUACUAUUCAAGUACAAAAUUCUAUAAAAUUCGAUCGAAAUAUAAUUCAAAAUUUUCCCCAAUCGCACGAAACCAAACUCAAAAAAAAAGACUAUCUAUUCGAAUAGAGAUUAAAAGAGAAAUCUAUCAAGAGAACGAAAACGUUGUUCCUUUAAUCGAGACUCGUCUUCGUCGUACAAAAUAUGCAACGUCAAUCCUGCAAAAAAAAAAAAGAAAAAUGUUAAAAAGAGUGCAAGCGGACGAACUAAACCGCCAAGAUCAAGAAAAAUAUUAGAGGAGGGCUGAUCGAGAGGGCGAGAGCCGGGGCGACCCCUGCCUCAAUAUCUCUGUCCACGUUCUCCUUUUCUAUCCCCGCGAUACCAUCGGCUCGUCAUUCGUGACAAAAGGGCAAACAGCCCCGCGCGGCCGUGGCGACCGAUUAAUCCCCGACAAAAGGGGCUGCGUAUCGCGUGGCCCUCGACCGGCCCUCCUAAAACCUACCUUCGCCCUUACCGACUAGAAAGGGUGCCCCUUCCUCCCUCGCCUGGUGGCAGGGGCGAGUGCCUCCAUCCUUCCUCGGUGGAACGACCCAAUCCGGGCUGGAGGGUGGGCACCGUCGUUGCUAUAUAACUCUGGGGUGAGCUUUGCUCGUGGUGAGUGUAAUCUGCCGAUCGUGUGUAGCUUCUUCUCGUGUAUAUAGUUGAAUCUCGCUUGCCUUAUCUCGUGAAGCCUUUUAAACAAUCAUUCGUCGGGGAGAAGAAACGAAAGACACUUUGAAAUUUGGUGGAAUAGAUGCGAGCCGCGAAUACUGUUGUUGCUGCAAAGUGUACCACCACUUCGACAGCGGGAGGAAUAUGUUCGAGGACAAGGACACAAGUUUCUUCAGGCCGUGGGACAAUCGUGAUGCGAGCAAAACGACGGAAGAAAACAGGAUCGAGGGGCAAGAAGAUUCCAUCAAGGAGGAUCGAUCGCCUACCAAUGCGAAACAAGAGGAUCGCGUCGACUCGAUCCCGGCCUCGUCCCCCUCCUCCGAAAGGCGGAGAAGAAGGAAGAGCGAUUCCUCCGUCAGAACGACGAGCAGCUCAUCGUCAAAAGCGGAGGACGAGAGCAGGAUUUCAGAAAGCCUGGAGUCGUCGAAAGAUUCCGACUAUCCCCUGCCCUCCGCCGCUGUUUCGAACCCCGCCGAAUCUCCAUCGCGUUUGAACGGCCGCUCGUUGCUCGAUGCGCCGCAUCGCUCGAUCGAUUAUCUUCAGGGCACGAACGAGCCCGAUUCCCUGCGCUCUGACGGCCCGUGGCUGGAUCCCGUUAUGGUCCCAUCAUUGUUGCCAACCGCCUCGACAACAGCGACCACGGGCCACCCGUUCUAUUACCGCGGAUUCCCCUCCGUGCUGCACACCUUCCCGCAAGAAUUGCAAGCGCCGUUCGUGGAGCAUGCCGUGGGCAUGCUGCAAAGGCAGGAAGCGGUCGCGAAGCAAAUGAGGAAGUUGCGGCCGAAAAAAUUCAGGUGCGAACACUGUGACGUCGCGUUCAGCAAUAACGGCCAGCUAAAGGGACACAUCAGGAUACACACGGGCGAAAGACCGUUCAAAUGCGACGCGAAGGAUUGCGGGAAAUCGUUUACCAGGAACGAAGAGUUGACGAGGCACAAGAGAAUCCACACCGGACUUCGUCCGCACGCUUGCGUAAUUUGUGGAAAGUGUUUCGGCAGGAAAGAUCACUUGAAGAAGCACAUGAGAACCCACGAGAAUCGUGAUCCAUACAGGAUGUCAGCGGCUACAUUGGGAAUGAUCGGUUUAGGGAACACUCUACCUCAAAAUAUGGGAUUUUUCCCGUAUUUCUAUCCAACGUGAUACGUAGGAACGAAAUUCAAAAAAUCUCGGCAACGUUUCGCAUUACAGCGAAUUGACAUUAUUUUUUCUCUUUUUGAACUGGAAUAGCACAGGCUGUGUAAAAGAAAUUGGGGACCAAAAAAAUAAAAUCUUUGGAGCAAUUAUAUCUCGUGAAAAGAGUUGAAUAUUUUUUAAAUAUUUUUGAGACAUUUUGUAUAUAUUUCAUAUAUACAACGGUUCUAUCCAUUUAACAUUGAACAUUAAUUGUUGCCUUGAUUCUUCGUUUUAUGAAGAAUCAUUGAAUGUUUGUCAAGAUUAUUCCUAUUUUUGAUACUAUGUCCUUUUUAUCGAUACUAGUCGAAUAGUCUAUUAUACAAUGCAAUACGAAGGCAUUUAUACAUAGAGAUUAUA